CACGCCCUCGCCGCCAUGUCGUCCGCCACCGCCGCCGCCACCGCCACCAUCGCCGCCGCCGCCGCGAAGCUCGCCGCCACCCCCGCCCCCGCCCCCUCCCGGCGCCGCCUCACGCUCCGCGGGAACCCCACCGCGCGCCGCUGCGUCGCCGCGAUGGCCGUGUCCACCCCCAGGUCGGCCGCCGCCGCCGCGUUCCUCGAGCGCCGCGAGUCGGAGCGCGCCCUCCACUUCGUCAAGUACCAGGGCCUUGGGAACGACUUCAUCAUGGUGGACAAUAGGGAUUCGGCCGUGCCGAAGGUGACGCCGGAGGAGGCGGCGAAGCUGUGCGACAGGAACUUCGGCGUCGGCGCCGACGGUGUGAUCUUCGUCAUGCCGGGGGUCAAUGGCGCGGACUACACCAUGAGGAUCUUCAACUCGGACGGCAGUGAGCCGGAGAUGUGUGGCAAUGGAGUCCGUUGCUUUGCCCGGUUUAUAGCUGAGCUUGAAAACCUACAGGGAACACAUAGCUUCAAAAUUCACACUGGCGCUGGGCUAAUCAUUCCUGAAAUACAAAAUGAUGGCAAGGUAAAGGUUGAUAUGGGCCAGCCCAUUCUCUCUGGACCAGAUAUUCCAACAAAACUGCCAUCCACCAAGAAUGAAGCCGUUGUCCAAGCUGAUUUGGCAGUUGAUGGCUCAACAUGGCAAGUAACCUGUGUUAGCAUGGGCAAUCCACAUUGUGUCACAUUUGGCACAAAGGAGCUCAAGGUUUUGCAUGUUGAUGAUUUAAAGCUUAGUGAUAUUGGGCCUAAAUUCGAGCAUCAUGAAAUGUUUCCUGCCCGCACCAACACAGAAUUUGUAGAGGUCCUGUCUCGCUCACACCUCAAAAUGAGAGUCUGGGAGCGUGGUGCUGGUGCGACGCUUGCUUGUGGAACCGGUGCUUGUGCAGUAGUUGUUGCAGCUGUCCUCGAGGGUCGAGCUGAACGGAAAUGUGUAGUUGAUUUGCCUGGUGGACCAUUGGAAAUCGAAUGGAGGGAGGAUGACAAUCAUAUUUACAUGACUGGUCCUGCAGAGGCUGUCUUCUAUGGAUCUGCUGUUCACUAGGUACCAGGGACCAAGCUGGAAAAGUUUACCGCAACUGGGAGCCUGAGAGAUUGAGUAUAAGGUCUAUCAAAUUGGUGUUUUGGUACCAGCACAACCCCUCUUGAUUCUUAAUUGCGCCUGUGGCCUGCUUACUAUGGGCAGAAUUACGGGGUUCUUUCAAACAAAUCUACUAUUUUAAAUCUUUUCUGCUUCUUUAGUUUGUCAGGUUUGAACCCUAUAUUGGUAGUAAAUCUCUCCUACUUUUUUUUUGUUCCUUCCUUUGGCAAUAAACCCUUGCUGUCUUAAGUGCAUAACUGCAUGUGCAUUUGAGUUUUUUGUCUACAGAUAUCCUGAUUUACUACAGAAUGAUUGAGCAUGUGUGUUAUUUGGCAAGAUGGUUGUUGCCUGCUCCCAGGAAA